AUGCGCCGCGCCCUUCUGCAGAUCGCACGCGCACACCCCACGCGCGCCUCUUUCCUCCCCCCCGCUCUCCUCUCUCAAACGCGCAAGAUGCCCACCAUCGUCGACGGCGUCGACUUCGCGCACGUCGCUCGCGAGUGGCGCUGCAAGUGGGACACCGCGGACGACAAGGCGUCGCUCGCGGCGUGCCAAAAAGCGCUCGCGACCAAGCUCGACGCGAUCAAGGCCGUCCCGGGCGUCGUCUCCGUCCAGCGCGUCGUCUGCGGCGGGUGCCAGGACUUCAAGGUCAUCGCGAAGCUCGAGGCGGCGAAGUUCGCGGACUGGGAGGCGGCCGCGUUCGCCCCGGAGGCGGAAUUCCUGAAGGAGGUGGAGGCGAUCCCGGGAGUUAAAAAGGUGGAGACGCAGACCUUCACGCUGGAGGACCUGUGA